AAGAUCGCGACUGGGUUCUUCUCACAGGAUGAUCCAGCAGCGGACGGUGCAGCCAUUGGAGCACUUCCGCCACGAUUUGGAUUGCUGGACGACUCGCCACAACGGUGGAAGACAUUUCAGGCACGCAUCGAUACACUGAAUGCAGAUGCCCCAUCUGGCACUAGAUACAAGGUGUUCUACUUCUCUCGCCACGGGCAAGGCGGUGCAGACAACGUCGCGGAAGCAAAGUAUGGUACGAAGGUGAGGGAGAAUUCUCCCACUGCUAACAGGUAUUGGUCUAAACUGAACGGAGACGGCGAGAUGACUUGGGGUCCUGAUCCGGAGUUGACUGAUGUCGGUAUCCAACAAGCCAAGGCGGCGCGCCAGGCGUGGAAGAAGGAAAGGGCUCACGGCAUUCCUUUGCCUGAGAGGCACUAUGGAAGCCCCUUCCAGCGGGCACUGCGUACAUUCCACGACACAUUCGUGGACGCAGACUUCCUUGAAGGGAGGCCGCUUCAUAUCACCAUCCUUGAGAAUCUGCGUGAGGAGUACGGUGAGCAUACGUGCGACCUCCGCUCGACAAGGAGCGCCAUAGCGCAGAGGUUCCCACCUCCGGUUUACGAGUUUGAGGAAGGAUUUAAGGAGGAAGAUACGAUCUGGCAAGCGGAUAAGCGAGAGACAAAGGAACAUGUCGCACAGCGCGCGCACAUCGUCUUGGACCGGAUCUUCAGCACUGACAACGAGACCUACAUUUGCAUAUCUGCGCAUAGCGGGAUCGUCAAUGGUUUUCUGUCGACCAUGGGGCGCCCCCGAUACCCACUGCCGACAGGAGGUGAGUGGAUUCAUGGAUGUCGUUUUGUGUUCUUAAAUAUAAGUAAUUAG